UUGAAGGAGUUACUUAUUUUUUUUAAGGUGGGGUCAGCACCGCCAGAGCCGGUUGCUUUCCCUGCAGGGGUUCCCCAAAUCCGUGAAAGAAGUGAGGAUCCCUGCCCGCCUGGACCUUGGCAUCGCCCUUGGGUGCAGCUGAGCCCUGGGACGGUGGGGUGAGGAAGGGGAGCAGGUCACCAGGGGGUCACCAGCGCACCCUCCUCGCUCCCAGCCUUCAAAGCAGAGGGAGGACAAGUGUCUAAUCUCCGCUGCUGCUUCGAGGUCUGACCCUGCUCUGGUCGAGGACUGGGAUAACCCUGGCUGAGCCGGGGAGGAUCCACCCGGGGCUCCCGAAAACCAGGUGUCUCCUUGGCUGUGCUGGAGGUGCACGUGGGGACGAGCUUGGUGCUCUCCGUGGAGGGGCAGCAGGCGGUGCUGCCUGCCUGGUACACCAGCCACUCCCAGAACAAGCCCUACGUCAUCUGGAUGCUGAACAAGAAUACUGGGCCCUUCCAGAUCCUGUCAUACCUGGACGGGGUGGUAAAGGUGGAGGAGACGGAUCUGAAGCCUCGCAUGGGGUUCCUGUACCCCAUCCACAGCCACAACAUCUCGGUGUUCAUCAAUGCCACCCGGGAGCAAGACUCGGGUCAGUACAUGUGCUCCGUCAACGUGGUGGAUGACACAUUGGACAAGAACAUCGGCAUCAUCAACCUCACCGUCCUGGUGCCGCCGGCCGCCCCCACCUGCCAACUGCACGGCAGCGCCGUCGUGGGGGCCAACGUCACCUUGAGCUGCUCCUCCAAGAAGGGGAAGCCCUCGCCCCUGUACCAGUGGCAGCGCGAGCCGCCCACCCUGCAGGUCUUCUUUCCUCCUGCCCAGGACCGGGCCAAGGGCACCCUCAAGCUGACCAACCUCUCCCUGGAAAUGUCAGGGGUCUACGUCUGCAGGGCUGAAAACCAAGCGGGUUCUAAGAACUGCAGCAUUGUCCUGGAGGUACACUCAUCAAGCACCAAAGCACUCAUUGCCGGCGCCGUGCUGGGCUCCCUGGGGGCCCUUGCCACCAUCAUCUUCUUUGCCCAGAAGGUCGUCGGCUACAGGAGGAAAAAACGUGACAACCAGGAGGAGGGAGCCAAUGAGAUCAAGGAAGAUGCUGUGGCACCCAAAACCCCGUCGUGGGCAAGGAGGCCGGCUUCAGACACCAUGUCCAAAACCAGCACGCUGUCCUCCAUCGCCGGCACCCGGCAAGCCUACGGGGCCAGAGCCCCCUCCGACACCGCCUCCAUCCUCACCAGCACCGGCAGCUACCGGGGCCCCCCGCCCCGGGCAGGGGGGCGGCCCCCCAGCCUCUCACCCCCUGCCGUUAACGGGACCUCCCGGCGCCGCCAGGACCCGGCCGCCGCUCCCGUGGGGUCGUUGCCCCCCUCCAGCCUGGCACGAGCAGGUGCCGUUCCUGUCAUGGUGCCAGCGCAGAGCCGAGCUGGCUCCUUGGUGUGAGCACCCUCCCAAAAAACAGGGGUGCCCGUAGCCAG